GAUACAUAUAGAUACGAUCGUUCCAUCGCUCUUUCUAAUGUAUCAGACCCGAUCAGGCCCUGGCACCCGCGCGUGAAUGAUUUAUUAUGAUGAUGAUCCAAGUGUCCGGUGAUACCUUGCGUUGAUUUCAAUGAUUUGAUGGACACGCUCAACUUGUCUCGUAUUCGCUGCAGUAGCACACUGCGGAAGUGUUGCAGAGCAUGUUCAGAGGCCCGUUGCCUUCAACCCUUCAGCUUCAACCACAUCGGCAGUCCCGUAACUCUUGAAUCUUCUGCCGUGCGGGGCGAAACAGGUGGCAAUGUCCUCUUCGACGUGUUGAUCCGUCUCUUAGGAGAUGCCGUUGAAUCUUCCACCUUUGAAACACAAGAGCCCCGACAUGAUGCAGACAAAUGCUCCCAGAGCUCAUCCCGGGCAGUGGGAUAGAUGGGAGUUACCAGACUUUCGAUCACGGAGAUGCUGGCGGCAGAAGGGGUUAGUUGCCACGGGAAGCUUGAUCCGAUCGAAUGUUCGAAAGAGGCGCCGAGAUUGUCUGAUGGGACGUGAACACAUCUUCAGAAAGAGGAUUGAUAGACAAAGGAAUCAGCACUAUAGAAGGGGGCUGACAGUGGUACCAGAGCUACAAGAACACAUCUAGCACAAAAACGCAACUCUGUUUGUGGCAGAAGUGGAGGGGAAUGAUAGGUUAUGAUGAUGGAC